AUGGUCCACGAAGGAGAGGUGUGCCUUGUUCAGAACUCGGAAGACUUGGUUAGCAAGUUGGAGAAAGCAGGUGACAAGUUGGUAGUUAUUGACUUCUUCGCUGUGUGGUGUGGACCAUGCAAGAUGAUUGGACCAAAAAUGGAGGAAUUGGCAAAGGAUAUGGAAGAUGUUGUCUUUCUCAAAGUUGAUGUGGAUGAAUGUGAAGAAAUUGCUGCGGAAUAUAAAAUAACCAGCAUGCCUACAUUUGUUUUUAUCAAAAACAGCAAAGUGCUGGAGACCUUUUCUGGCGCAAAUUUCGAUAAACUUAAAAAUACAAUUCUAAAGCAUAAGUAAAUCAUUCUGUCACAGUUGUUUAAAUAUAUUUUUAAGCAAGAUUACCUACUUAAUUAGCUUACCGUUUUACACAAACAAUACAUAAAGAGGAAUAGCUCUUUGAAUAUGAGCAAAGUUUUAUUUUAUCUUGCUUUGUGCACAUUGAAAGAAACUUAAAGCAAAGUCGGGUUUACCGCGAAAAAAAGGGUGUAAUCAGCUUAUAAAUAUAUAUAUAUAUAUAAACAAUAUGUUGAGUAAACAAAAGAACAGUUUAUAAUAUUUAGAUAUAACGAGUUAUGUCUAAUAUAUAUAGCAAAUUUAUCCACAACUGCGAAUAUUUAACACGUAACAUACUGCGACAAAAUUGAAGUUACGAUAUCGCUAAGCGUGUUAUACCAAUAGAGAUCAUGCUAUGCUACAAUUUGCACGAUUAAAUAUGCAUUUAUAAAUGUGUAUAUUUUAUAUUCGUUAUCUGCUAUUUCACGAAUACCGUUUACUCGAUAUUGCUGAAGAAUUGAAAAAAUUUCUUAAAAAUCAAGUACUUUUUGAGCAGUGAAUUUGACUAAUGUAUAAAAUCGAAGGAAGAACGGGAAUAUGUGUCACAUGUGAGAGCAUAAAGUAAGACCCUGUAAUUUGCGAAAUCCAGAAAUGUGGUAAUGUUGGAUUAUUCAAAUGUAGACACCGGAUAAAGAGCAAUAAAAUUAGUACGAAACAAA